GCAGGGGGCGCUGCGCGGGGGGCGCGGGGCGGCCAUGGCGGAGCGGCGCGGCGGGGCGGCCGAGGGCCUGGCUCGCCUCUCCGAGUGGGCGGACGCGCACCUCAGCCUCCUGCGGAGCCUGAGCGCCGGGAUGGCGGUGGCCGGGGUGCUGGUGCUGGCGCGGAGCGUCCGCUUGACAGCAAAGUUCACAAGUGCUGUGGAUAUACCUGUGGAGUUUGUCAGAAAGAAUGUGAAACUGAGGGGGAAGUUACACCACGUCACAGAGAAGGGCCUGGAGGUUGAGCACAUCCCCAUCAGCCUUCCUCUCAUCACAUCCAUCCAGAGAAAAUGGCAAUCCAAAGGUCUUCUGCUGGUGAAGCUUGCUGGAGUGGAGUUGGCUCCCAGUGGCAUGGCCUGGUUACAGCAGGAGCUGAAACCCAAGCAGAUGAUCUGGUUCCAGCUCCUGGGAAGGGAGGAGCUGGCACUCGAGUGCCUUGUGUUAGUAAAUAAGGGUCGAUUCCUCAGCGUGUGCUUAAAUGAAGAGGUCUUGAGGCGAGGGCUUGGCAGAACAGUGCCUAUUGAGGGGCUGCCUCACGACUCCCUCCUCCACUGGAAGCUUCACAGAAGGCUGCUUCGAGCAGAGUAUAAGGCCUUGAAGAAACACAAAGGAAUAUGGCAAGAAGAAAGCUACUACGAAAGACUUCGAGACCGGAUCGGCGGCAGUCGAGCGGUGCAGAGCCUGAAGCAGUUCGUGAGCUGGUUGAGAAGCUCUGUGUGAGGGUCAGAAGGGAGGCUGGGCUGCUGAAAUGCCAAUUCUUUAUGAUUCUUGCUUUAGCUCAAGCAGAAGGUUAUGAUCAGAACCA